GGCCCCGGUGUGAAUCAGCUCCUGCCCCACCCCGCCUCUCCCCGCCAGGCUUUUCUGUCCUCCAGGAACCAGUGAAAUUCUAUCCCUCCACAGACUGCUGUGCUCCUUGGGAGACUUCCUGAAUGACCUUGGAGCAGAGUGAGGGUGCUGGUGAUGGGAGGUGCAGUGAUGCCAGCUCACUUCGCAGGGAUCUUACCAACCUGGUGACCUGGGCACACAGUCAUGGCACCAUUUGUAACCAAAUCCCAGCCUUGGACAUGGUGCAGAGCACAGGUCAGCCUAGCAGGGACAAUUCUCUUCUGUGGAUAUGUGGAGCUGGACAUGCCUACCACUGGCACUGUGGAAAAUUAGACCUCAGAAGCAGAGCAGAGAAUGAAGCUGUAGAAAAGAGAAAGAGGUUGGUAUCAUCUGAGGCUUCACCAAGGAAGGAUAAUUCAGAUGAAAAGAGGAAGAGGAUGACCAAAUCCUCUGAGAGGUCUAAAGCAGACACAGGAUCACAUGGCAGAUCCUCAGGGGUCACCCAGCAGAAAGACAGAGUCUACAUAAUGCACAGUGACCCCAGAGAACACCAACAGAACAGCAGAGCCAUGAAAUCAUGUCCUGCAGCAGAGCAGCAUUUGUCAGUGUCUGGUGGUGAAGUCAAAGCUGACAGACACCAGGUGAAGAGAGAAAUGGAUGAAGAUCUCCUCGUCAUCUCUGAUGAAGAGCAGUGCACACCAGAUGAAGGUGACCAAGGAGACAGGCUCCACCAGAAUCUUCUGUCAGAAUCACUCACUGCAGCUGCUGAGGAGGAUUUGCAGACACAGCACAGUGAGAAGAUGGCAUUUAACAAGCCAACAGCCACUCAGGCAUCUGGCUUUGCCCCCAUAGGAAAGCCACCCCUAACUCUUUCCUGGGGGAUUCCAGAAUCCCCCAUCAGCCAUCACGAGAGCCUGGACAGCAGCUUUUUGAAGUUAAAUCCUGCUGAGUCCAUAACAGAAACUUCUAGAGGAAGAAAUUCCUUUGGCUCAGCAAUACCCAAACAACAUCCAAAAUCUGUCCCUGCCUUCAGCAUUGAGCCAAAGGCCCAACUUGAGUCAUCCACCCCUGUGACUUUCUUUGAAUUGGAAGCCAGUGUAGAUGACCAGCUGCAACUCCAGCUGAGCCCUCCUGAUCAUGGCACAACAGGAAUGGGCUUUGGUGGGAAUGUUACUGAAAGUUCCCUUGAGGAGAGAGAACUGUCAAGGUCUGGGCGUCCUUCAGCCUCCCCAAGUCCAGAGAGUGAGAACACAGACCAUCCAUCUGCACCCUCAAACCAAUAUGUGUUGAAGAAGUGGGAGAAAAAGAAAACUCGUAACCCUGGUGAUAUAAAGGUUUUAAAAGACUGGCUGGUUUUACACUACCCCACUGAGACACGGGAGAUCUACGAGCUGCCACCUGAAGACCUGGAUCAUUACCUGGCCUCCUUCUACAGCUCUGCAAAGAGACAGGAUGGCAGGGAGUUCUCUGCCACUUCUUUUCACUUCUUUCAGGGCAACAUAGAGCGGUACCUCAAGGGUCACAAUUAUGAGUACAGUGUGAUUAGAGGCUUGGAGUUCAGAGGGUCCCAGGAAGCUCUGAAAUCAAAGCAUCACCAGCUAGCUCAAAAAGAGAGAGAGGAAGAGUGGAGUGUUUUGGAGAACUUGACGGAUGAAGAUGUGGCAAAUCUCCGUAAGAGUGGGCUUUUGAGCAGGAGUAACCCUCAGGGCUUUUUGCACCUCAUUUUCAUAAAUACAGUUAGGGGGUUUGGGGCAAGGACACACAGUCAGAGCCACAGUCUGUACUGGGGGCAGCUGGUGCUGAAAGAGACCGAGGAAGAGCUGGAGUACUUGGAGUGGGUGGAUGAUUUCAGAGCUGCGGGAAGCACAGGGGCAGCAGGUCCACGGCUCUUUGCCCAGCCUGACAGCCCAGAGACCUGCCCAGUGGAGGACUACAAGGAGUACAGCAAGAGGAGGCCACCAGACACCCUGAACGACUGCCAACCCCUGUACCUGGCUCCCAGACCUCAGUUCUCCAUGUGGGACCAGGUGUGGUUCUGCCGAAAGUCACUGGCCAAAGCCAAAUUAGAAAAGAUGCUGAAAGUUAUCAUCCAGCAACUCAAAAUACACGUGAAGAAUUCCAAGCAGUAAAGGGAUCCGUGUCAUUCCUGCUGCACCACGUUUUGUUAGGAGUGUGUUUCAGAGCAGGCUUUGAAAGGUUUUCAUGGCAAUAGGACAGGUUGAGAGCAUUCUCUUAGGUUACACCUCAGAAGGUUUGCACCACCUUAGCCUUCAGGUGAACUGCAAAACUUUUCUUGUUCUUUCUGUUAGUGGAAUUGAUCGUUGAGCAAGUUAAAUAAAUAUGAGAAUCCUAGGUUUCACAUUUUUAAAACAAGUUAAUAUUCUAUUAUUAAAGACAUGAUAAAAUAGAUAAUGCUAUCAGAGAGAGGGCUUGGCAGCUGGAUGGCUGCACUUGUUUAGAGAGCUGACACCUGUGAAUAG